GGCGGCGGGAGGUCGGGCGGAGCUGGGUUUGGAGUGCUGCUGACGUCGGCAGCUGACCGCAUCCGGGGGGACGCCUCCGACGACGGAGAUGGCAGCUCCGAAGAGGAUGAGGAGGGGCAUGAGGCAGCUAUGCAGGCUUCCUGGGGCAGGUUCGGUCCGGCGCUGCCCUCUGCCUCCCUCGGCCCCUCCUCCUCCUGCCGCGGCUCCUGGGGUCUGGACGGUGCGGGUGCGCUCAGCCUGCACCUGCUGGCGCAGCGGGUGGCUCGCUACUUCCCCGCCGCCAUACCCCCGCUGCUGGAUAUGUCGGGCAAGAAACACCUUCACACGGCGGUGGUGCGGCUGCCCUUCGUGUCGCCCGGUCUGCUGGCGCACGUCAUUCAGGAGGGGCUGAGGUGCGGGCUGCAGCUGAGCCAGGAGGAACAGGCUCGCAACCGAGUGCUGCCCGCCACCCUGCUGGUGCCCCAGCCCCUCUUCCGAGCGGCGGCAGCGGCGGUGGCGGCGGCGGCAGGUGGCGGGGCAGCGGCAGGAGAAGCAGUGUCAGCAGCAGCUGUGCGGCCCUCCCCCUCCCCCUCCCCCCGCCAUGUGGCCUGGCAGCUACUGCUGCUGCGGGAGGAGAGGGAGAGGGAGGGGUUGAGGGAGGGGGAGACCCGGGGGCAGCAACAACCAGCAACUGCGGCACCUGCUGUGGUGCCUGCCACGGCGGCUGCUGCUGCCCCGGCCCCGGUCCCCUCUGUCGGCGGCAUGGUGGCAGUUGGCGGCGCAGGUGCAGGAGGUGGUGUUGGUCGGUCCCCGCUGCCGCUGCUGGGAGGGGCGCUGGGGCUGCUGCUGGGCAGGAGGGAGAUGAACCGCCCCACUGG